GAAAUGUGGAAAUGCGAAAAACGCAGUGCAGCGGGUGUAACGCAAAUCAAGUAAAUUAAAAUCUAAAAAAUAUAGUGAUUCAUUUGUGUUUAAUUAAAAAAAAACGAAAUCGGCAAACAUCCUGACGGUUAAAGGCGCUGACUAUACAUACAUUGUUUAUGCGUAGGUGCAAUGGCACUCACUUUGUAACUAUAAUCCAACAUAAAAAUGUUGCUACACGUCAACGUGCGAAGACGGCGCUGUCGGAUGUACUCACAUUACUUCCUUUCCACACUUUUUCUGCUAUUGCACUCGGCUUCAGCUAUAACAACAAUAACUGAAGAGCAGGACUAUUGUGACGUUGGAAGCUGUGAAUGUAUUGAAGACUUUGUGCUGUGUGACCUAAAAGAUUGCAGUGCCGAUAUAUUACACCUAAGCGGCUUUUUCAACACAACAGAGGAACUAUUUUCCAAUAACUGCGAAACAGAAGUACUAACAAAACACGGAAUUCUUUUCUUUCCUACCGCGAAGGAAGGAGAAUACUUAAAAAAGGUUUAUCCCAAAAAAUCAGAACUUACCAUGAAGAAUUGCCUGCAAACACCGACAACCUGGAGGCAAGCGAAACUGAGCUAUAAUGUGCUCGUGAAAAUCGACAGGCACACAAUGGGUUUUUCUAAAUCGCAUCACCAGUGGGACGUAUUCGUUACAGCUGGCCCAUCUAGAGGCUUUCUGCCAGUAAAACUUACGCUCGAUUUGAACGAGCUCGAGUAUUUAGAGGUAAAGCUCAUCUGCACCGGUGCCGCUGAUGUGGCCCUACCGGUAGACAUUUUUCAUGCAUUGCACUCCGUGGAGAAUCUCAUACUUCAUGUGAGCGAUAAAGCUGGAGGCGCUGCUACUUGGCGCAACUUAACAGCAACACAUUUUCACGACUUGCAGAAACUAAAGCAUCUCGACUUGGCUGGCAACCGUAUGCGCACGCUAGCGGUCGACCUUUUCACGCCACUGCCAAAGUUACGACACUUAAAUUUAUCUUUUAAUGCGCUGCAGUCACUGCCCGCUGAGUUAUUGGUGGCGCAGCAGGAGCUCAUCACGCUGGACUUGAGCGGCAAUGCGUUGGAGGCGCUGCCGCGUAACUUUUUCAAAAACACAAAGUGGCUACAAGAGCUGCACUUAGCCCACAAUCGGCUGAGCGUACCUACGAAUGUGAUAGAAAAUGUCGGUGGGCUUUUCAGCUUACGUCAACUUGACCUUAGUCACAAUCGCUUUGAGGACCUGCUUGGCAGCGGUGAGUAUGAAAAUACCACGUUACUCACAGGUCCGCAAUAUCGCUUUGUAUAUUCGGACCGAGAUAUGACGAUUAAUCUCAGCCAUAAUCGCAUAACGCGCUUCAGCUUUGAUUGGGUGGAAAAUGUUUACGACUGCAACUAUCACUACGAUCUCUCGCACAACAAUAUCACGCACGUGCCAUUUUUAGCGGCAGCCACAUUUAAGACGCCGGAAAAUUGUCAAAGAAAAUGGACGCUGGCCCACAAUCCGCUGCAGUGCGAUUGCCAAAUGUCUUGGCUAGCGGUUAACACGCAUAACUUUGAAGCCGACGACUGGCAAUGCGCCGCGCCAUCGCCUUUGCGCGCACGCCUACCAAUAACACUCACGCGCGCUGAGCUUUGCAGCUGGACGCCCAAUGUGUGCCCCAGCGAAUGCACUUGCAACUACAAUUUUACGGAACUUAUAGUUAACUGUUCAGCCACGCAGCUGGUGGAAGUUCCACCGAUUCCGCGUCCCGAACAGGUGGGUCUGCGUAGCACUAGUCUUUACUUGAACAAUAAUACAAUAUAUCAACUGCCACGUAACACAAUAUUCGGUUAUGCGAAUGUGUCACGCCUUUACGUAGCACACAAUCGGCUGAUUACGAUAACCCCGUCUCACUUGCCGACCAACUUAACUAUUUUGGAUCUACGCGGCAACCAAUUGGAACAUUUAAGUGAUGACUUUCUACUAACCUAUCUCAGUGAGAACGGUACUCUCAAGCAGUUAUAUCUCUCCAAUAAUCCCUGGUUGUGUGAUUGCGCCGCGGAGCUGCUGUUGCGUGCCGUACGCAUACAAAGUGCGCGCAUACCGGACGCUUCCAUGCUUAUCUGCGCCAACUUGCCAAAUGUCAGCCUGAAGAGCGUCGACCUCGCGCAGGUUUGUGCCUCAGUUGACAUGCAGCUUAGUGCUCUUUUUAUCGCAUUACUCGCAUUGGCGCUAAUGGUAAUUGUGCUCAUCAGUGGCAUUGCACUCUUCUACAAGUACAACUUGCAGGUCAAGAUAUGGCUGUAUGCCCAUCACAUAGAGCUGUGCUCUAUCGACGAACAGCCUGGGAAUGAGAUGAACAAAAAGUUUGAUGCCUUCAUUUCGUACGCACAUCAGCAGGAAGACUACGUUAAUCGUGUGCUGCUGCCGGGUCUCGAGCACGGUGUUCCCCCUUUUCGCAUUUGUAUACACGAACGCAAUUGGUUGGUGGGCGCCUACAUACCCGAGCAGAUUGUGGAGUCGGUGGAGCAAUCGCGUCGCACGAUUAUUGUUCUGUCGCAGCAAUUCGUCGAAUCGGAUUGGGGUCGCAUGGAAUUUCGCAUGGCGCACCAGUGUGCACUGAAUGAAGAGCGUGCGCGUAUAAUCAUCAUCAAGUAUGGUGAGCUCACAAAUGUAGCGGCUCUGGAUAAAGAGCUGCAAGCCUAUUUGCACAUGAAUACAUAUCUAGAGUGGAAUGAUCCAAGAUUUUGGCAGAAGUUACGUUACGCCAUGCCGCAUAAAAGCAGUGAGAUGAAACGGGCUGGUAUGCUGCAGUUGCCGAGCAGAGUGCGCUUCCACGAAGGCGAGCAGCUGCAUUGGUUAAGGUAGCGGAGCUAUGCAAUUGCAGGGGAAGACUGAGGUAACGGUGAUAAUCCGUAAAGCACGGUUUGAAGG